UCCCUCUCACCGUGUCUCUGCGUGUAUGUGCGUGUGUGGGAUGUGAUGAGAAUAAGGAAGAACCACAAGGCGGAGGUUAGAGAGUUUCUGUUCCCGGAGCUGCCGGCCGGCGAACCUCUGCCGCCGGCGUACGACUGUAAGGUCAACCGGUCGCCGUGGGACAUCCCUCGCGGCCAAGACCCUUUUGCUUACACUCUUCCCCUCCCUCCUCUUCCUCCUCCCCACAUCGUCCGAGACGCGGCCUGGUCGAAGAAUCCAGAGGGCGAAUAUGAUGAUCCAAUGGGAGCCACGAGUGUGAAAGGCAAUGCCGAGGGAGAGAGAGAAGGGAGCGAGGUUGAUGAACGAGGAGAAGAAACUGAAAAGCAUAGGUCGGAUGACAACUGGGAAAUCAGAGACAAAGGCAAAGACACACUGAAAUAUUACCGAAGAUGCAGAAAGAAGCCCCUUGCCGAGGUGGCGGAGGAGAAGGAGAAGGCGGAUACUUGGCCGCCGCCGCGUCGGAGCCAAAGAUCCACCGCUGGGUCGAACCCUGAUGACGAGCAAUAUUACUAUUACUCGAGGUUUGGGCGAAGACGAGGCAAGAGUACGAGAAAUGGCGGUCCAAGUGGUAAUAACAAAGAUAAUGGAAGGGAAGACGACAAAGUGGAAGCCCCUUUGGACAGGGAAAUGUUAGAAGAUGCUAACGAAGAAGCUGAAAUCGUCGUUGCUGAGGAAAAGAAAGAACACGAUACUGAAGUGGACGAUGAAGACGAUUGUCCUGAUGAAGACAACGAGACAACAGAAGCCGACACCGAAAACAGUGAAAAGAGCGAUGGAAAUGGCGACGAAAGCAUUGGCGAUUCUUUCGAAGGUGGUAUGGAUGAAGACGAUCGUUAUUGGCUAUAUGGUAUCACCAAGUAGAAGAUGUCAGAAACUGAAGUUGUCUGAUGCAGACUGAGAAAAAUGUAGUAGUUGAAACUUAAUAAACCAAACAAGUUAUACACAAUGUUACUUGAUGCAGUG